GGUCGCGUCUUAUUGGCCACGGCAUUUCGUGCAUAGUACAAGGCGGAGCGUAAAGUUGAAAACCAAAUGUACAGCUCUGUUUAGAAAAGAAAGUAGAGAGGUUUUCACGCAAUUUCUCUCAUUCAGUUGUCAUGGUUCGUUUCUGUGACAUGCUUCCAUCAACAGUAAGACAUCAAACAUCGGCAUACAGCCUUGCUCCAAACUAUUAUCAGCCUGUGUAUCCGCAAUAUAAUGAGAAUUGCAACGUUAACUCCAGUACUCUCACUAAUGUGGAUAAUUCUGGAAAUGGAAAUUAUCAACAAAAUCUAUCUUCCUCAUGGCCAGCUGUUUAUGCAGUUUCAGCAAACGGAGCAUCCCGUCAGCCCAUUCAUUAUGAGGACUGGAUGACAGCAGCAUCAAACGCAUGCAGUUACCAAAGUCAGGCCAUCGGUUAUAGUACUUACCAUUUUCAAAGGAACUCUUCUGAUGUGGCUCCUGCAGACUUUUCUUUACAAAGUUCUGGGCCUAUGGGUCUUCAAGAGUGUCUGGGGGUGACAAAGACAGAGGGUCACCCCAGUCCAGAUUCAGUGGUAGCAGUAUCUAGCGAUGGCAUGAGCGGAUCAGAAUCCCCAGGACUUUCUCUACAUAUUAACCAAAAUGGGGUAAAUGGUUUAUGUAGACCACAACCGGCACGAAGUCCGUUUGAGUGGAUGAAGAAGACAUCAUACCAAAGCCAGCCUAACCCAGUAUACAACUUGGUAUAUUCAAUUCACCCACAAUGCAGUCCUUUUGAAAGUGAAAGAAACGGAAUAACUUUGAUUCCUAUUCUGCUUUAAUAUCUAGUGGAAGAGCUCCGGCAAGAACUUGAAGAGCAGUUAUUGGUGUAGUAUUAAAAGCUUUAAUUAUGUGUUUAGCUAUUCGUUGAAUUUGUAGCAACUUAUUUGUUGCUCUUACCAUGUCGCUGUAAUGCCUUCAUACAGGACAACCGCAUAAUUUAUUUCAAUAAAGCUAGCGUUGUAACCAAUCAUUUACA